AUGGCGCUAGAUGGUGUACCGGCAAAAAUCAUCGCCAUGAUCAAGGCCUACUAUCGCUCCACUACUGCGAGAGUCCUGGUCCGUAAAAAUCUUUCCCAACCGUUCGCUAUUCGGUCUGGCGUCCGACAGGGUUGUAUCCUGAAGAAGGAGACACGAUCGCCGGGACAAGAGCUUUAUUAGCCUGACGUUUCGGAUUCCUACUCGAAUCCAUCAACAGGGACAAAAGAGCAGAAACGGGUGGUUGUUGUACAAGGGGCUGCGGUAUUUAUAGGAUGCAACAACCACCCGUUUCUGCUCUUUUGUCUCUGAUGAUGGAUUCGAGUAGGAAUCCGAAACGUCAGGCUAAUAAAGCUCUUGUCCCGGCGAUCGUGUCUCCUUCUUCAAGACUACUUCCUGGGACUCGGCUCUUCGCUUCUAUUGGCAGGGUUGUAUCCUGUCAGCCAUACUGUUCAACUACGCGAUUGACUGGAUCCUCGGGAGGUCCCAACGCGACAGUGACGGCGUUGAAUUUGCACCCGGACAUCGACUGACUGAUCUCGACUAUGCCGAUGAUAUCGUCUUACUUGCUUCAAGUUUUGGUGAUCUGCAGUCGAUGGUGUCACGGGUGAACGAGAACGCUAAAUCAGUCGGUUUGUCCAUAAACGCUGGGAAGACCAAAGUAUUCUCAAGCUGCAUCCCUGACCAGGAGAAGGCACCCCUGGGGAUUGAUGGCUGUCAACUUGAAGAAGUGGACAGUUUCAAAUACCUCGGGGCGAGGCUGCUGCCUAAUCGACAGAGCAUUGACGACAUUGUCUCCCGAAUCGACGCUGCCCGCUGGGUUUUUUCAAGCCAUCGGAAAUGCCUGUGGAACCGACGUGACCUCUCCAUCGCCACUAAGAUUCGCGUGUACAGUGCAUCUGUCCGGUCUGUCCUUUUCUACGGUUGUGAAUGCUGGACUUUGCGCGUGGAGGAUGAGCGAAAAGUGGAGGUAUUUAACCACCACUGCUUGCGGACCAUCCUUCGAGUGAAGUUCACCGACUUCGUCUCAAAUGAGACAGUCCGCGCUCGCUGCGACAACUUCGCAAGGAUAACUCAAGCCAUCCAGGAAAGACGACUGAGGUGGUUCGGACAUGUUCUUCGUCGUCCACCUCAGGAGCUCAGUGUUACUGCCCUCGAUCCGGCACCGUUGCCCCAUUGGAGGCGUCGAAUAGGGGGUCAGGUCAAAACCUGGCUGGACACUGUCCGUCAAGACAUGGAGGUGGUUCUUGGACCUUCGGUAUUCGGUCUCCGUCGUUGGCGAAGGGAAUGGGUUGAGCUGUCCAGAUCUGCUGCUGCAGAUCGUCACGCGUGGAGAGGUACAGUUCGGGACAUCAUCGAGGCCGGCUAG